AUGGAGCCGGCCAAUGGCCUCGAAAAGCCGUUUAUGCAGCCUUUGCACACGAUGCAGCCUCAAGCGACCGCACCUAUGCUCAUCCCAGGCUCAGGCAACAGGAACGUGAAGAACUUGCCAUAUGACGCUCAAGGGAAGAGAGGUUGGAGCUUUGGUCUUUUUAGCUGUUUCGGGGAUGGCAUGAAGGCUUGCUGCUUCGCGUGGUGGUGCCCAUGUCUGGCCCACGCCCAGAAUAGACGCCGGUUGGACCACCUCAACGCUACUGGCCUGCCAGACCCCCACCGGGACGACCUCAUGGCGGAAGAUAGCCUGUUGGACGUCCUCGUUGAGACCAUGUUCGCUAUGGGUUGGGUUCUCCAGAUUGUCACCCGGCACAACGUCCGUGAGCGGUACAACAUCCGCGGGAGCGCCUUCUCGGACUGUUUCACCCCCUUCUGCUGCUUGCCGUGCGAUCUUGUGAUGAACAGCCGGGAGUUGAGGUUGGAGGAGGACACUUUCUUGAUCUAUCAGCCAGAGCGAAGUCAACAGAAUCAGGAGAGUCGGCAAGGAGAACAACCGCAGGGGCGCAGCAAGCCUGAUUCUGCCUGA